UGAGAGAUGUUUAAGCUUCCAAUAAUAGCAACAUAGUUACUACUAAAAUAGAUCAACAAACACUAUCAAAAACAGAAAAUCUUAAACAAGCCACUCAGGUUUAUGACAUUGCCCUCCUUAGCACAUUCAUUCCCCCAGCUUAUUGUCUUCACCAUUAAGCGCUCCUUGCUUCUCUUUUAUAAAGGCAACUGGGAGCCGCAACGGUUUGCGUGCCGGUGCAGGCUGUGCCGCCCACGCAAACGGUCCCUUGUCUUGGCCGCCAGUAUUACUUCUAUUGCUACUCCCUUUCUCUCUCUCGAACCUCGUAUACGGCUUGGCUACUCGCCAUAACCUACGCUUAUUAGUUGUUAGGAAGCACAAAAGUCGACGACGAAAUCUUUGACGCCUCCCUCUCCUUCUCAGUAAUAGCUCUAAGUAUUCCUCAUUCCUGACCAAUUUCAUUUUUUUCACUACCAUUCUUUUCCUAAUUUGAAGAUCUGGAGAGCGUUUGGGCCGCCAGAUCUUGUUUCUUUCUCCCACCUCCUUUCUUGAAUACAAGAGUAUUUUAAUGUCGCCGUAAAAUGUAUACUAUAUGUCACCAUCCAUGUUUCCUUUAAUUUAUCACCAAUUUGGCGACGAAAUCUGAGGUCCCGAGCGCUAUAAGUAUCCCCCGCCAGCCAUCCCUCUUUUACUCGCACCUCUUUCUCCUCUCAAAUCCAAGAAGACCUUCUAGACUCGAGUUGGGGAAUCGGAGAAAGAGAGGGAGAAGGAGAUGGAGGUUUGGGCGAGGACGGGGAGUGGGUUGGGGAGAUGGCUCGGAUUCGUGACGGCGGUGUGGGUGCAGUGCAUCUCCGGGAACAACUACACUUUCUCCAAUUACUCCGACGCGCUGAAAUCUUUGAUGGGGCUCACUCAGCUGGAGCUCAACAAUCUCUCGGUGGCGAAGGACGUCGGCAAGGCCUUCGGCCUCCUCGCCGGACUCGCCUCCGACCGCCUCCCCACCCCACUCAUCCUCCUCAUCGGUUCCCUCGAAGGCCUCCUCGGCUACGGCGCCCAAUGGCUCGUCGUCCGCCAGUCCAUCCCCCCUCUCCCCUACUGGCAGAUGUGCGUGUUCCUGUGCAUGGGCGGUAACAGUACCACGUGGAUGAACACCGCGGUUCUGGUCACCUGCAUGAGAAAUUUCCGGCGGAACAGAGGGCCGGUGUCGGGGAUUCUGAAGGGCUACGUGGGUCUGAGCACCGCCAUCUUCACCGACCUCUGCUCCGCCCUCUUCGCCGACGACCCGGCCGCCUUCCUCCUCAUGCUCGCCGUCGUCCCCGUCGCCGUCUGCUCCGCCGCCAUGCUCUUCCUCCGCGAAUCCCCCGCCCGCGCCGGGGAUGACGAGACCGAAGCGAAGUACUUCGGGGCGAUCAACGCGAUCGCGGUGGUGAUCGCGGUCUACCUCCUCGCCUUCGACCUCACCGGCGACCACGGAGCCACCGUGUCCCGCGCCUUCGUGGCCGUGCUCCUCGUCCUCCUCGCCGCCCCAGCGGCGGUCCCGAUCUACGCGGCCUUCCAGGCCAGAUCCAAGAAUCCGGACAUGGAGGAGGGUCAGACCAAAGAACCACUCCUGAUCGAGGAGGCGAAAGCAGAGCCGGCGCCGUCGCCGGCCGCCCCAGAGGCGGCGGAGGCGAAGGGAAAGAGCGGACCGGCGAUCGGGGAGGAUCACACGAUACUUGAGGCGGCGAAGACGGUGGAUUUCUGGAUACUCUUUAUCUCGUUCUUGUGCGGGGUGGGGACGGGAUUAGCGGUGAUGAAUAACAUGGGGCAGAUGGGGCUCGCGAUGGGGUACACGGAUGUCUCAAUAUUCGUGUCGAUGACCAGCAUCUGGGGCUUCUUCGGCCGGAUCGGAUCCGGGUCCAUCUCCGAGUACUUCCUCAAGAGAACUGGAACACCAAGACCUGUAUGGAACGCAGCCUCGCAGAUUCUAAUGGCAAUUGGGUACGUGGUCAUGGCUUUGGCCUUGCCGGGAUCCCUCUACGUCGGCUCCAUCGUGGUCGGAUUGUGCUACGGCGUCCGCGUCGCCGUCACGGUCCCUACGGCCUCUGAGCUCUUUGGCCUCAAGCACUAUGGCCUCAUGUACAACAUUCUCAUAUUAAACCUUCCCCUUGGUUCCUUCCUCUUCUCCGGCCUCCUCGCCGGGCUCCUCUACGACUCCCAGGCAACGGAGACGGCCGGGGGUGGCAACACCUGCGUCGGGGCCCACUGUUACAGGCUCGUGUUUGUGAUCAUGGCCUUUGCGUGCCUCAUUGGCUUUGGAUUGGAUGUGCUGCUGGCGUUCAGAACAAGGAAGCUGUACUCAAAGAUUCAUCACCAUAAGAAAUCGAGGAAGACAGCAACAGGGCGACAGACCAUUGAGAGCUGAGUUAGGCUCCGUAAGUAGUAGUUCUCCAUUUAUUUUGUUCCCUCGUUGGUUGGGUAUGUUGAUUCUUAGACUACGAGAUGAUUUAUGAUAGCUGCAGCCUUCAUUUUUUGGAGAAGAGUGUGAAUAACAUCCAUUCUUUGAAGGAAAGAGGCUAAUGAUGCUUUUGGCAAGAAUGAGAGCCAUUCAGGCUUUCUGGAUUACUUUAAUUAGUAGGCAAAAAGAACACUGUGGAAUGUUUGUUUACGGAGUAGAACAUGGAAAUUCUGAAGUUUUAAAAGCAAUGUCUUCUUCUCUUUUUUUUCUGGAAGUAUGUGUUUCUCUUUCUAAACAACAUUUUUUUUUUGAGUCAGGGAUCAUUGCUGCGCUCCAUUGGCAGUAAUUGAAGACGGUGGUUUGGAUGAAAAUAUUUAAGUAAAAGAUACUGUACUGAUAAACUGAUGAAUGCAAAUAUAAAAAAUCACUCGUUA